GUUAUGGCUCCCUAAACACAGCAAAGACCCACGCAUAAGCUGUUAGGACGGACUGCUACUCGUUGGUCCUUGUCUUGCUCAUGACUAAUUUGAUUUCGAGCGUGCUGUACAUGGUUUCGUUGGAGUUGUUUGUCCCAUCUCUCAACCUAGCUCCUAAAGAUGGGCUUCAAAAUCGCGCUUGGAAGCGUACUACUCGCAUCAACCGCUGCCUGGAACACUGACGUGCACAACCAGAUCGGCUUCAUGGCCGAGCAGUUCCUCCAUGCAGAAACCAUUGCUGUUGUAGAGGAGAUCCUCGAACCCCAGUAUAAUGGUUCCAUAGGUAGAGCUGCCGCCUGGGCCGACGCCUAUGCCCACACCGAUGAAGGCCGAUUCUCGUAUCAAUGGCAUUGGAUCACCACUCACGACUCGGCCCCCAAAACCUGCAACCUAAACUACACUGAUGAUUGCUCUCCUGGUGGCUGCGUCGUCUCGGCCAUUGCAAAUCAGACAGAGAUACUCAAAGCUUGCAUCCAAGACGUCAAGGCUGGGAGUCUGAGCGGAGGGAGCAACUUGACCUGUUCCUACGCCUUGAAAUGGGUCACUCACUACAUUGGAGAUAUUACACAGCCUCUGCACGCCUCGGGACGCGCCGUUGGCGGGAACCUGAUCCCUGUGAUCUUUGAUGGAGAACGUGCGAAUUUGCAUGCUGCAUGGGACAAGUUCAUCCCUUAUGCGGAUGCUAAGGUGACAGGGUUCUCCAACGAGUCCAUCGACCCCUUCUUCCAAAACCUCCUUACCCGCAUCCGACAAGACCAGUUCUUCGAAGCUCCUUACAUGUGGCUUUCUUGCAGCAAUCCCAAUACACCCGUCACGUGCGCCACGCGUUGGGCGGAGGAGACCAAUGCCUGGAACUGCGACUACGUCUAUAAGCACUUUGACAAUUCGACCGACCUUGCAACCAAUGGCUACGCUGCAGGCGCUAUUCCCAUUGUCGAACUUCAGAUUAGCAAGGCUGCGCUGAGGUUAGGGACGUGGUUGAACAAGUUGGUCGAGGAGUCGAAAUGGUAUCGUCCAGGCCAGCAGGUGGUGCUGCUGAACGAUGAUGCCGAAGAUGAAGAGUGAUAACACACAAUCGAGAUCAACAAAUCAUGGUCAAUCAUCGAGCAGUUUCGAGAACAAAGGUGACAUAACUCUGUUCUUGAUGCGCUGCGGGAGCUCCCCGCGGGACCCCACAUCGGCAUCUCAUGGUUCCCCACAUUCUGCCCUGGCAUCCAUGUUAACAUGCACUGUGUAACCGUCGAUCUACGAAAUGGAACCUUACAAGCUUUUCUCAUACAGACAUUUCUGCUCUAACCACGUUCCAGACUUCAAGCAUGGCAUUAAACGAGUUGAAGGAAAACGUCACAGCCCAGGUAAACGCCCCCCUAAAGAACACUCAGCGGAAGCCUAUGGCCGGUCUACUUCAUCCU